AUGUAGUCCACCACACAGAACUCACCUCUCUGUUUUACACCAUAGCCUCAGGAUCAGAGUACUUACAACAUGAGACCCAGGAGGACAAGCUGAAGAGGGAGGCAUCAGCUGGUGAGCUUGAGUUGAAGAUGGAAAAAGAAUUAAAAGAGAUAUUAAGACAGGAGAUGAUGAAACAACUAGAGGAGAAAGACACACAACUGGAUGAUAUGACCCAGGAAGUGAGAGAGAAAGAGAGACUCCUGGAGGAUAAGAACCAGAUAAUGGGACAGAGGGAGAAACUAUCAGAAGAGAAAGAAAACCAACUGGAAGAGAAAGACAAGCAACUAAAGGAUAGAGACAUUCAACUAGAGGCACUGAGAAAGAACCUGCAGGACAAGAACAGCCAAGUAGAGAACUUCAGAGUCCUACUGCAGGAAAAAGACCUUCAACUAGAGGACAGCAACCACAGACUGGGAGAGAAGGACAGACUACUGGAAGAGAGAGACAAACAACUGAAGGGAAAAGAUAGUGAAAUAAAGGAGAAGCAGAUUGAACUAGGAGACAAAGACAAAAAAAUUAAGGAUAAAGACCUUCAACUAGAGGACAGAAACUAUCGACUGGAAGAGAAGGACAGACUACUGGAAGAGAAAGAGAACCAACUAAAGGAAAGAGACCUUCAACUAGAGGACAACAACUAUAGACUGGGGGAGAAGGACAGACUACUGGAAGAGAGAGACAAACGGCAGGAAGAGAGAGACAAACAGCUGGAAGAGAGAGACAAACAACUGGAGGGAAAAGAAAAUGAACUAAAAGAGAGGAGGCAGGAAGUAGAAGAGAAAGAUAAGCUACUAGAGGAGAGAGAGAAGCAGUUAAAGGAAAGAGACAAACAGGUGGAGGAUGUCAACAAUGAAAAUGCUGAACUGGCUCAACAGAUAUGUGAUGUGAAGACUGAGGUAGAGAGACUGAGAAGAGAGAUCUCAGCCCAGAUGACUGAACAUGGAGAGACGUCAGAUACAGGUUCCAUACUCCCAGUCAGGAGGAGAGACAGCAAGGAGCUUCCUCCAUACAUGGGAGGAGAGACCUCAGAUACAGACCCCACACUUCCACUGAGGAGGAGAAACAGCAUGGAGAUAAAUCCUCCACUUAUGGGGGGAGAGAGCAGCAGUCCAGACUCCCCAGUGUCUCCCAGUGUGUCUGAGCUGAGACUGGUGCUGCUGGGGAGGACUGGGGCUGGGAGGAGUGCAGCAGGAAACACCAUCCUGGGCAGAGAGGAGUUUGGGGCCCAGGCCAGCCCCUCUGCAGUGACCCAGAGGAGUAAGAGGAGAGAGGGGGACGUGUGUGGGAGACGGCUGGUGCUGGUGGACACUCCAGACUGGUUCUGUCCUGGACUUUCUCUGGAGGAGAUGAGACAGGAUGUGGGGCUCUGUGUCCGUCUGUCUGCCCCGGGACCCCACACCUUCCUCCUGGUCAUACCAGUGGAGCCCUCCAAGGGGGAGGAGAGAGGGGUGCUGGAGAGAAUAGAGGAGGUGUUUGGGGAGGGUUGUUGGGAACACACUGUGAUUCUAUUCACCCAUGAUGAUGGCCUGAAAGAGCAGAGCAUUGAGGAGUUUCUCCAAGCAGGAAGUCAGGACCUCCAGCAGCUUGUAGAGAAAAGUGGGAGCAGGUACCACGUCCUCAACAUUAAGGACAGGGCCCAUGGUACUCAGGUAUCAGAGUUGCUGGAUCAGGUAGAGGAGAUGGUGGCAGGAAACAGAGAGGGAUUCUACAGCAGUCAGACCUACCAGGAGGCAGAGACCCAGGUUAGAGAGAUGGAGGGAAAGAUCCAGAGAGAGAGAGGAGAGAGGAAACAGAGGGAGGAGAGAGACUUGAGAGAGAGGCUUGAGAAGGAGCUGCAGGAUACUCUGAAGGAGAAAGAUGGAGAAAUCCAGAACCUCAAGAGAGAUAUCAGAAUUCUCAAAGAACGAAUAACAGAACUGGAGAGACAGGUGAAAGAAGAGAGGGAUGAGGAGAAGAAAAUAGAUCUGGAGAGGGAGCUGAAGAGGGAGUCUGAUAGGAGGGAAGAGAUGGAGAGAAAGCUGGAGAGAUUGAAAGAGAAGAGAGAGAAUGAGAGGAGGGAGAUGGAGGAGAGACACAGACAGGAGAUAGAGGAGAUGAUGGAGAACUAUGAAGGAAAGGCCAGAGUUGAAGCAGAGAGAAACCUGAUGAAGAUAAUCCUACCUGAGUUACAGAGGAACAUCAUGAUCUCACGGACAAAGAUACAGAGAGAGUUCAGCAGACAGAUGGAGGAGAAGAAUAGACAGAUGAAGGAGAAGGAUAGAGAGAUAAAGAGACUGAAACAGAACUCAGAGGAGGUCUAUAUAACCAGUGAGAUGAGCAGGCAACAUGUAGAGCGAGAGACGAUAGGAAUUAGAGGAGGAGUAAGAGAAGGAAGAAGGAUGAGUUGGAUGAGACAACUGUUUUGUGUAGGGGUUAGAGAGGAGACCAGUUAGAGAGACAACUGUUUUGUGUAGGGGUUAGAGGGGAGACUAGUUAGAGAGAAUCCCACUGUAUUUUCCUCCACUGUGAGAGAAACAUAGGAGUGUUAUUAUUUUACCACAGUCACACUGUUGUUUUCUAUUUGCUGACCUUCAUCAAUCAAAGUUCAUCAGGAUACUGCUGUUGUUAUGAUGUUAUGUUUCAAGUUGAAACCUUAAACACAUCUCUACAGUUCUCGCUAGUGGACAGACACUACUACUACUAAUGCUACUACCGGUUCUACUACUAUUGGUACCACUACUACUACCUACCACUACUACUGCUACUACUAUUGGACCUACUACUACUGCUACUACUGCUGCUACUAUUGGAACUACUACUACUACUGCUACUACUACUACUACUACUGAUGCUGCUACUACUACCAGUACUACUACUACUACUGGUACAACUGCUACUACUACUGGUACUACUACCACUACUGCUACUACUAAUAUUACUACUACCACUACUGCUUCUACUACUACUGGUACUACUACUACUACUAUUACUACUGCUACUACUACUGUUGCUACUACUAGUACUGCUGCUACUACUACUACUACUACUACUACUACUACUACUAUUGGAACUACUAAUACUACUACUACUACUACUACUGCUGCUGCUACUACUACUGCUACAGCUUCUACUACUACUACUACUACUAUUGGUACUACUACUACUGGUGCUACUACUAGUACUUCUACUACUGCUGCUACUACUACUACUACAACGUACUGGUGCUACUACUACUACUAAUACUACUACUGUUGCUACUACUCGUAUUUCUACUGCUACUACUAGUACUGCUGCUGCUACUACUACUACUAGUACUAGUACUGCUACUGCCACUACUACUACUACUACUAACACUACUACUACUAACACUACUACUACUACUAGUAAUACUAACAGUCAAGGACAGUUGUUUGAGAAGACCAGAGGAAGUGAUGGAGCAUCAGUCUGAAUGCAGAUGUAAUUAGAUUAGAAUAGUAAUUAGUAUUAGUAAUUAGAUUAGUAAUUAGAUAGACAUGCAGUAACCUUCUCUGACCACUAGAUGUCUCUGUUACACCACCAGAGGAGCAGGAGGAACCAUGACGACUAUAGGAGUAUCAGUUGUCCAUUCAACAGCUGACUCCAAUACUUGAUUCCAACUCUUUUGAUUUGAUAUCCAAACAGACACACAGAGAAAUAUCAGUAUUAUGUUGCUUGUUUUACUAUAUUUAAAGUGUUUUGUUGCUUUGUAUCACACAUGUUUUAUGUUACUUCAACAAUAUUGUAUUAAAUCAGUAUCACUAAAUACCAUAUCAGUGGUUAUGUUGUACAGUAGUAAGCUCACUUUGGAUUACAUUUUCUGUCCCCAAAAAUACCUUGAUACUCACAAUAUAGUGUGAAUAAUGUAACUUUUCAUUUACGAUGUAUGUAAGAUGUCCCCUUUUAAAUGUUCUGGUUAUUUGGUGGACCUUUGUCCUUUG